AAACCGUGUUAUUUAUUUGACGCGAGUUUGUUUACCGUGUUUGCGGUAUACUUAUAUUAUUAUUCCGUGUGUUUUCGUCGUGAACGCUCAGGAUGGAGGACAUCGUAAGAGCCCGUGAGUCGGAGCUAGUCAAAAAGAAAAUCUGCCGCUUCUGCCUGACGGGGGAGAAAAUUGCAUCGCUUUUUGCGGAAAACCCCAGCGUCAAGUCAACGGCGUCGCUGCCCCUACUGAUAAUGGCCCUCACGUCGACCGAGGUGAGCGCCGAUGAUCAAAUGCCCAGCUAUAUUUGCCUGGACUGCCACUUGCUGUUCGAGCACAGCUACCGCUUUAUGCAGAUGUGCAAGCGAGCUGAGACAGCUCUCCGGCAGUUUCCGCUGACAGGAACUCUUCCGGCACCGCUGGCAAAACCACGUCCUCCGACGAAGACACCUGCGGUCGUAAAGAAGGAUGCUGCAGUCCCCGAACGACAGCCCAAGAAAUUGCUAAACACCCUGGCCAAUUCAAAGACUGUGAUCAUUGAAGAUGUCCAGGUUUUGGAGACCAGUUCGUUGGCUAAAAAGCUGGGCGGCAUAGCCGCCCCUUCGAUUUCCAAGUCGUAUGAGAUGAAGGUGGACAAUAACCAGGAGCUCUCGAUGGACGAUGUGCAGAAUAUGAUGGAGGAUAUGGCCAAUGAACUGGAUGAACAAAUAUCGGCGCCAGCACCACUACCAGAGGUUCCAUCGCCACCUGUUCAGAAGAAGUUGCCAAUCAAACCGAAGGUUCUGAACAAGCCCUCCGUUCGGAUAUUGAAUAAGGGCGCCAUCGUUGCUGCGGAGCCCGAACUGGCCACGACCCAGAUCAAACGUGGUCGAGACGGCAAUGUGGCAAUUGUUGCGGAAAUUAUAGGUCCAAAUACUGCUGUACCCCACCCAAGUGAAGAUGCUGCUAAGGACGCUGCUCUCGUGGCAACCAAUGUCUUCUCCUGUCCUGAUUGCGAGCGCUCCUUCCCCCUUUUGCAGCUGCUCGAGAUCCAUCGCCUGAACCAUACACGCGCCCGCAGCUUCCAGUGCGGCGACUGCAACAAGGCCUUCUUCUCCAAGUACGAUCUGCAGAAGCACAAAUUUAUCCACACCGGCGAAAAACCCUUCGCCUGUAGCGUCUGUGACAAGGCGUUCACGCGGCGAGCCCUGCUCCAUCGCCACGAGAGCUCGCACACGGAUCUUCCCAAGUUCAUAUGCGUGCACUGCGAGAAGCCAUUCCUAUCGCGCGAGGAUAUGAUGAAGCAUGCCGAGCGCCACACCAAAUCGCGCCCUUUCCGGUGCACCAUGUGCAAUAAGGCAUUUGCCUUUAAGCAGGGCCUGGAGCGGCACGAGGUCGUUCACAGCGUGGAUCUGCCUUUCCCCUGCGAGCACUGCCCAAGCAGCUUUGUCACUGCCAGCAAGCUUGCCCGUCACCUGGUGGCCCAUGCCGGAAAGCGAGCCUACCCCUGCAAAUACUGUUCCAAAUCGUAUAUUCUCUCCCACCAUCUGUCCAGGCACCUGCGCAUGCACAAGCAGGAUGCGGGGGCCUCGUUUGUCUGCAGCAUCUGCAAGGAGUCGCACCAGAGCUUUAACAGUCUCAUAGAGCACUCGGUCCGCCAUGCGAAUGUGUCUCUAAAGUGUCCGUUGUGCAAUGAAAAGAUCAAUGAUAUCGGUGAGGUGGAGAAGCACAUGACAACGCACAAGGAGGGCGAGAGAUUUGCCUGCGAAUUUUGCGACUUGAUCUUCCUGAGCUCAGAUCGCCUGCAGAAACACAUCGAAGAUGAGCAUGUUCUGGACAUGGACAUGUAUCAGAAUGAUGGCGACAGGGUUUCGAACCAGAGUGAUGCGGACCCAGAUAUACUUGUAAAUUGCGCUGAGCUCGACGAGGAAGAGCAGAAAUAUUUGCUGCAAGAACUGCUGCGCGAUGAACCCGUGGGUGAUGAUUCGUCGUCCCCGCCGCCACCUGUGAAAAAACGCAAAGUGAAUCCACCAAAGGAGAAGCCAGACGCGGACACUGAAGCCCUUGUUUUUCCCAAACGUACACGACAAGCACGGAUUUCAGAUCUCGUAAAAGAUCAACCCGAAAAUUCGCAGAAAUCCAGACAACAGGCUGCUGCGACUAGGAAGAGUCCUCCUGUAGCUCCUGCCAAAAAGGGACGUUUGCUGAUCAAAAACGGGAAUUCAUCGAAAAAUUCUAGGCAAUAAUAUAACAUUACCCAUAAAAACUUAAUUAUAGCGUACUUAUUAAACGAACCGCAUCGACUUUGGCCUGAAGGA